UGUCGGAGUGACACGGGAGCUCUGCGGGCGCGCGGAAACGUGACACCGCCAGCUCGUCGUGUCCGAGGCCGGUGGCUGCUCGACAUUCACCAAAAUUUCUACGACGCGACGUGCUACUCCCGUCGCCAGUCUCCUUGUCCGUACUUCUACAUUUGAGGGCCUUGCUAGUGUCUUGCUGGGAUGUCGACCGCACUCGAACGUCAAAUUCGCCCCAUCUAUGAGGCACUUGACACGGGCUCCAACAAGUCGGCCAUUCUGUCGUGCAAUAAGCUGCUCAAGAAGCAUCCCAAGAACGACCUAGUCAAGGCCCUGAAAGCUCUCGCCCUCGUACGCUCACAAAAGGUGGAAGAGUCGCUCAUGGUGUGUGAUGAGGUCCUUGCAGCAAAACCCACGGACGAGUCGACUCUCGCCGCCAUGAUGCACGUACUACGAGGACUGGGACGACAUACCGACAUGGUCGCCAUGUAUGAGGACGCAUACAAGCAGCACCCCACCAAUGAGGAACUCGGUACGCAGGCGUUCAUGGCUAACGUCCGCAUCGGAAACUGGAAGGCCGCUCAACAGAUUGCCACGAAACUGCACAAACAGUUCCGCGACGACCAUUACCUGUACUGGAGUGUGAUGAGCGCUGUGCUCCAGGCGAGUGACCCUACUACGCCUCCAGGGAUUCGUCCAGUCCUCUUCAAGCUUGCCCAUCGGCUAGUGGUCUCCGCUACGACUCCGUCAUUCUACAAUGCCGAUCGUUUCUACCUACACCUGAUGAUCUUACGCGAGCUGGGGCUGUACGACGAGGCAUAUGAGCUUCUCAACAACGAUGUUGGCAGGGCUAUAUGCGCCUCGAGCCUGACGGUCGAUGAGCUCCGGCGAGACAUUUGGCAACGAAAAGGCCUGGUCGGGGAGGAGGGCGCACGAGCGAAAGCACGGAUCACGGAGGCGAAAGACAGGAACUGGCUUGAGUUCCUCGCUGUCCUUGACGCGACAUUCGUGGAAUCGCAAGAGGAUGUCAGUGCCCGAAUAGAGGAGACACGGAAACUGUUUGAGCAGAUAGCAGAUGAGGAUGGGAGGUUAGACAGGUCGGGGCGUUUAGCCCUACUCGAGCUCGAGAAGCGUGCAAUCGCCCAUGGCAUCUCUACAAGUCCCGCGCACAUGUCACAGCUACUCCAACAAUACUUCACUACGUUCGGCGACAAGCUUGUCUGCUUCGAGGACCUCCAAUCAUACGUUCGUCUAGAAGGGGAUGCAUUGGCGGAAUGGACGAGUUUCCUUGACUCGCAAUCCUCGUCAUUCGCGACAGUAGAUGUCCUGAACCGUUACAUCAACGCGCAAAAAUUGCUACGUUAUAACCUUCCGGCAUCAGAGAUCACAGCAGACACAGAAGCUGCGCAUGCCGUGCAGUACCUCCACUCAUAUCUUGACGCGCUCAAGCUGGGAAAGGAUCUCCCGGACACGGAGCUUCAACCCGCGGACGAUCUUGCGCUUUUAUCUGGCCAGGCUUUCGUUGGUGCCUGGAGGGCAGGCAGAGAUGUCACAUACCUGUACAGCGCUGUGUCGGUACUGGAGUACGCGUCUUCCCGGAGCAAACAGUCCUACAAGAUGCGCCUUCUGUUGAUUAGGCUAUAUCGUUUGUUGGGCGCACCUUCACUGGCAUUGGAACAAUACCGGGCCAUCAACGUGAAGCAGAUUCAGAAUGACACCCUGUCGCAUCUGAUCAUGACGAGGGCGACGUUGUUCUCUUUGUCGUCCAUGGGGGACCUCACGUACUCUACGGAAGCUUUGGAGUCGAGUCAAAUAUACAUCAGUAACUCACAAGAGACGGCAGAGUACACCGUGAGAGCGUUUGCGGGCGAGAAGUACUCUCAGCUCCCCGAGUUCAUCCUCUUUGAGGAACGCCUGGACAACUCACUGCAGCGCGACCUCACCAAGAUCGAGCACGUCAGGAUGCGGAUCACUCACGAGCCGCUCGCCUCGGAUCUCGUCGACAUGGAGUUGAUUGAACUGAAGUUCAUCUUCGAUCGAUUCCACCACGACAAUCGAGACUUCGACGUCAUUCCGAACUACCAGCCGCGUUCUGGUCUUCCAUUCCAUGAGCAGACGCUAUUGUGUGACAAGCAACCUGGGCUAGGCUGGCUUGCGACGUACUUGAGGAUCUAUAUCAAGCUCUUCCAGUCUGCGAGUGACCUCGAUGAUACAGUUGAGGACAAACUGCUCAUCGGAGACCGACCGAAGCCCAGCGUGGACCCCGAUACCAAGUUGCCGCUCAGGGAGCGCCUUGCUAUGCAAAAGCCAGAAGAGCUCGAGGAGCUGACUCCGGAGGAGCAGUCAUUCCUCGAGUAUGCAACUGCGUUGUCAAACUGGCUUGCACCCUUCCAUGACUACAUUCGUCCGCCACCGGCUGCAGUCCUCGCUGAGGCGGCGAAGCAGACCGAACUCAAGACAGGUUUCCCGCUGAAGGGCUACGAGCCACCCAAGAACGGCACUGCUACGAACGGACAUGCCAAGAAGGCUGAGGAGCCGCCGACUCUUGCGGACACUCCUGAGAUCGUCAACAAGUUCUUCGACGACAUGAGUGCGCGCUUCAAGGAGGCCCUCGAGGCCGGCCGCCUACCGCCCGAGCUGCUGCAAAUUGUCACGCUGACACAGGAGGGGUUCCUCGUCCUCGCUCUUGAGACGCAACGGUUCAAGCCUGCUGGCAUCAUCAAACAGUACAGGCUCGGUGCUAUGGUGCAGAUCUUCAAGGACAUCCGGACAAAAGCGACAGCGGUUCUGGAGGAGAUGUCGGCGACUUUGGUCAAGUUAGGAGAAGAGGGCGCGACGAUCGACAGCAGAAAAGCCUUCGUCGAAUCAUGCAAGCCAGUGUGGGGACCGUCAGGGCUGCUAGAUCACGACUUCGUGUCGACCAUCUCCAAGAAGGUCACAGAGUCGCGAAAGCUGGUGUUGGAAGGCGUCGGAAAGGGCGUGGUCCGAGUAUGCAAAAACCAUGCAUGAUAGACUAUGGUAGUGUGCACAUGCUUCAGCUAUUCAGCAGGCAGUCAUUUCUCGCGACGCAUCAUGUAAAUAUCACGCAUUUGAUAUCACCACUCAUAGACAUCUCUCUCGGCUUGUACUGUAGGGGAUACGCUGAAGGCUCGUUAUGUGACUGCUGACAUCGGGAUAGCAAUUAAGGACAGGUUGUCUUGAGUGCAAUAAACGACGCUGUUGGUAGUGCUGUAAAUGUAUGAGAAGUAGGAGACCA